AGAGGAGCCUCUCCAAAGAUUUUUUUUUCUUCUAAGUAACUCGAAAUGAGUUCAAAUGUGUGUUGGUUGUGUUUGGUGAUGACGAUGGUCGGAACUCCGGCGAUGGCCGCCGGAAGUUAUGGAGGUUACGGGCCUUACGGCGGAAGUAUGUGGCGUCAGGCCUAUGCCACCUUCUACGGCGACGAAACCGGCAGCCCCACCAUGGGAGGGGCAUGUGGGUACGGUAACCAAAUGGCGAAUGGCUACGGUCUGUCGACGGCGGCGCUGAGCACGACGUUGUUCAACGACGGCUACGCCUGCGGCCAAUGUUUCGAGAUCCGAUGCGUCUCGUCGCCGAAUUGCUACGGGGGUUAUACAUCCACCGUCGUGACCGCCACCAACCUCUGCCCUCCCAACUGGUCACAAGACUCCAACCAUGGUGGCUGGUGCAAUCCGCCACGUGUCCACUUCGACAUGACCAAGCCUGCUUUCAUGAGGAUCGCUAACUGGAAAGCUGGCAUCAUCCCCGUCUCCUACCGCAGGGUACCAUGCAGAAGGAGUGGAGGGAUAAGGUUCCAGUUCCAGGGGAACGCGUACUGGCUCCUGGUGUACGUGAUGAACGUGGGGGGCUCGGGUGACGUGGGGAGCAUGGCGGUGAAAGGGUCGAGAACGAAUUGGAUAGCGAUGAGCCACAACUGGGGAGCGUCGUACCAGGCCUUCUCCACCCUCUACGGCCAAUCCCUCUCUUUCAGGAUCACCUCUUUCACCGACCGCCGCACCAUCUACGCUUGGAACGUCGCUCCUCCCAGCUGGCAGACCGGCAUGACCUACAAAAGCGCCGUCAACUUCCGGUGAUUCAGUCUAUACAUACACACGCACAUAUAUAUAUAUAUAUAUAUAUGUAUGUUUUCUUUAUCGUAUCAUCUUGUGAUCUUUCCCUUCGAUGUUUAGAAAGAGUUCUUGACACGUUAGUACGGUUGAUUAGAAUUUGGUCUCAUGUUUCAGAGAGGCGUUCUUGAAUUUUCUCUGUGUUUGGCUCUUUUUUUCCCAAUCGUUGACUACC